AUCUACCGAGGCUUCGCCGUUUCCCGAUGUCCGUACCUCAAUUUCAUCGCGUUAUAACUUCCUCUAAAGUUGACGUAGUGACGAAACGUAAACUGCGUAUAUUCCCAGGGGUUCCAGUCAAGUCAUACUUCCAGUUUUUAAUGUGUUAGGAAUAAGACCGUGAUAUCGAUGAUGGAAAAUCCGUACCCAUUACCAAAACUCGAGGCACGUGUCGUCACCAUUAUCGAGUUUCCCCUAUAAAGAGGAAUCUCAUUAUCGGCAUAUAUCAAAUAAAAACAAUGUCCUGAUUAUCCCAUAAUCAUGGCACCUCCGCCGGCCACUCCGACGCCCCACCGGUUCCUGGUGCCGAAGCGUUCGCAGCCUAAAACAGAAACGCCGAAGGCGUUCCAGAGCGGCGGCCAGCAGUUCCAAAACACGCCGCGGUUCUCUCUCCACUCGACGCCUAGGGGGCCAUCGGGAGGAGGAGCAGGGCCGUCUUCCAGCAUCCCGACGCCGGCUCCGACUAGAUCCGGGGCAGCAUCGUUCAUCCGUCCCACGCCCCGGGCCACGGAUCCAAUCCACGAUAUCAUCACUAGCUCGCCGCCUUUCUUCAGCGAGGCCGAAGUCGGCGCUAGUGUGGACGGAGGCGGUGAUCCCAUCGAGGUAUUCGACAUCAACACAGACGACGACGACGACGCGGUCCCCGAAUCCUCGCCCAUCAAAAGCGAAACAGAUAACUACCCCAACCACAGCUCAAGCAGCGACAGCGAAACAGACCUAAAACCGCGCUCCCCAAAACGUCGCCGCAUCUCCAUAUCCUCCUCCCUCAGCCUCACCCAACUCCAAACCCACCAAGACACAGACCACGACCUCCCCAUGCACGACGCAAUCCACUCUUCCCCCCUCUCCCCCUCCUCCCAACCCUUAUCCCCUCUCAACCCCCGAUCCCCAGCCUCCGCGCAGCAACAACCUACUUUCCUCAAAGCACCGCGCUUCAAACCCGCGGAGAUGGCGGAGGGGGCUCACCCGAGCGAUCCGUUGCCCGACGCCUUCUCCCCGCACCGCAGGGGCAAGGGCGCGAAGUAUGUGGCUGGCGGACUAGCGGCUGAGGUCCGGGAUUGGUUUGUUGAUGCGUGGGCUGGGGCCGAGGCGGCGAAGCGGGGUGGUGGUGGUGGUAGUGGGAAGGGGGAGGAGUGGGUUAUGAGGAUUAGGGUUGAGGAGGUUAGGGGGGCGGCUGGGAUGGCGUUUGUGGUUGGGAAGGGUGUUGAUAGUAAUGACGGCGAUGGGAGUGUUGAGGGGGGAGAGGAAUUAGCGAGGAGUAUGAGGAUAGUACUUGCUGGUAGUCCGAGGAUUAGCGGGUUGGAGAAGCGGCAGGAUGUACGUCCUGGUGUGGUGGUGGGCGUGGGAAGACCGACUUGGGAGGUCUUGCUCCCCGGGCAGGGACGGUGGAAUGUUGUUUGUGAAUGGGCUAUUUUGUGCUGAAUGGGGGAAUAGUUCGGCAUUGUCGGUUUCCCUCUAGUAGGUACUGUGGUAUUACUUUAGUCUGAGUAUAGGCCUUAGAGCUUUUCAGUAAAAGGGGCCUUUCUUAUGAGCAAUGCCAUAAUCGAUUAACUAAAUAACUGUAGGCAAUAUACAGAAUAGGGUCGGGGAAAGUUGACCAUGUCCUAAUGCUACAGUAUUGGACAGU